ACAGGUACACAAUUACUUAAUAUCUCUGUCCUUACUGCAACUGGUCAGAUUGUUUGUACCUAUAACAAUAAUAUUUAGAAUGGUAGGGUGCCAUUUUUUUUUUAUCACCCACGUUGAACUACAAGGCUUAAUAGCUAUUAUAGGAAUCAUCCAGAAAUCCACAGAAAUGUUCUGGCUUAGUUACAAAAACUGAUGGGAAACAUAUGAGCACAUACAAUGCAUUUUCAAUAUUUGGUUGGGAGCUGCAUAAAGUGAUGAUCUAUGAGCACUUCUGUUUGAACAUCAUCUCACUGCUGGGAAGAAGCCUUCUUUAAUAUACAAGAUUUCCUUUUCAAUUAUAUGUAAUGUUCGCCUUAACUUUGACAUAUUUAUUCUCAUAAUUGUUGCUGGAAUAAAAAUCUACAUGAAACUGCAAGCUUUUGUAGCAACAGUAGUGUCAUCUAAGCUUUCCUGAGAUCUUACCGUUUUGUCACUAAACUACUUGGAACUGAAAAACUUCAGUCUUGUUAUCUAGGAUUCAAUAUGAGAACAUUUAUGUUCCUAUCCAUUGUGGCUCUGUGUUCUGCUAAACCAUUACUUCAGAAUGAAUUUCUUCACUUCCUGGCAGAACAUGAUAUUAUGCUACAGGAUCCUCCCCAAAACACAUCUGACAUCAUCCAACCACAACAAACACCAACUCCACCACCCACUUUCGAUGACCAAUUUUUCACAUGUCCUUUAAAAUGUGUGUGCCAAGUACGGGUAGUCCAAUGCUCUGAUGCUGGUUUGAAGUCAGUGCCAGCAAGAAUUCCUAAAAGUACAGUAAUGCUUGAUCUGCAAAAUAACAAAAUUACAGAAAUAAAAGAGACUGAUUUAAAGAACCUGCCUUCACUCUAUGCACUUUUCCUGAUUAACAAUCAGAUAAUCAAAAUCCAUCCCAAGGCAUUUCGGUCCAUUAAACGUUUGAAAUUGCUUUACCUUUCAUGGAAUUUGCUACCUCAGAUUCCCACUAAUUUACCUAAAUCACUUGUGGAACUAAGAAUUGAUGAUAAUAAAAUUAAGACAAUACAAAAGGAAGCUUUUAAAGGAAUGAAGUUUUUACAUGUUUUAGAAAUGAGUGGAAAUCCACUUGAUACUCCUGGCAUAGAACCUGAUGCGUUUGAUGGGGUGGUGAGACUGAUUUACAUACGAAUUUCACAGGCAAAACUAUCUUCAGUUCCCAAGAUUUUGUUCUGUGAAACAUCUCGCCUGAGAAUCUGGGAACCAUUUAAGGAUCAGUGUGCCCCAAACCCAAAAGGCAACCAAAGAAAUUCAUCAGCGCUUAAUUUUACUCUGAUGUGUCCUACAACCGAUACUGCAAACCCAAACCAUCUGACAUAUAUCCGGCUUGAGAAAAAUAAGCUGAGGCGCCCGUUCAAUAUAUAUGCAUAUAUCUAUGUCUGCUUCCCUCAUCUUCGAAAUUUAGAUUUUGGUGAACAGGAUCCUGUACCAAUUGUUGAAACCCAAGGAGCCCCUGGACUGUUUGGAAUACCAGUGUCACCACCUGAUGGAGAACCAGAAAGUCUCAUCAAUUACUAACUAUAAUCUGUGUAACAAACUAAUAAUGGUUUUUGAAGUAAAGUAUGAAAUAAUUGUGCAUCCCAGCUACCUAUUGUAUAAUUGGUCCAAGCCACGUAAACAAAACAAAUGUCAUACUGUUCUUCCCUCCACUGUCAGAUUUUUUUUUCACAAAAUUGGUCGACAAAAAAAAUGUCAAACUUUUAUAAAAAGCCAUUGUGGGCUAAGGCAAGUAGCCCACAAACUGUCAUUUAUAUAACCGAAGUCCGUGAUUUGAAGUGAAAAUCAACAAAAACUUUUUCUUAAUGUCAAGUUGGAAAAUGCACUUAUGGAGGAGAUAAAAAAGGGAAAUAUUUGGCUGUAUCAGUUGGACACCAAAAGAAAAAGACACCGUUUUAAAGUCAACUGGACCACUACAUUGCAAGACUUAUCAAGAAACAGUAUUGGUUACACUAUUGAACAUAACCAUGAACUAGACCAUCCCACAAGAAAGGAACUUCACUGUAGGGGCAUGCCAACAUUGAUGGCCAUAGGAAAGCACACAAAAUUAGCCAAUUGCACACAUAUUAUACUUUUCCUGUUGUAAUUUGACAAGUCAUCAACACCCAGGUUGCAAAAAUGAUCUUGGCAUACACUUUCAUUCAAGGAAAGACUGAUUGUGGGCUAAAGUGAGGGCAGGGACCCUCUUACACGUAAAUGUAAAGUAGAAGGGGGGGAGGGGGCAUCAUAGCAUAACAUGAAGGAGAAGACCCAGUCACAGAGAAUGGAUGUUUAACAUCAUACUCGCUUGCCUCCAGUAAAAGAUCACAAACUCAAUCUUCAUUCACUAAAGGUUUGGUCUCAGCCACCACUUUAUCCAAUAGUCUGCUCCAAAUUUCAAAAAUCAUGCUUGACCUUUACAUUAGCAAACACCAGUCCUCUGUUCACUUUAUCUAUGCAAACAUUCUCAGCAUCCACAUAUCUCUCUGACUGUACAGUACAGUAUUCAACUGCAAUCAAUAUGUAUAUGAUAAUGUUAUGUUAAUAUGCCUGCUUUAAAAAAAAAUCACAUUUACUAAACAAAUCUUUUGUAUGGAAGAAGUCUGAGCAAAUAUCAAAAUUAAAAUGUCAACUUCUUGCAGAUAAGAAGUAUUUUCUGAUCAAAAGGCACUUAAAUGUAUUUAGGUUCCUUCUUCUUGCACCACACAUUUUUACCCCGUGCUUUUAUAAACUUUUAGACAAAUCACUCUUAUAAAUGCCAUACUUAACAACGGUUAUAACUCAGAGCUCAAAAGAAAGAAUCCUCUGAAGCAAUCUAAAUCAGCAGUAACUUUCCAUAAGAUCGUGUACUCACUAACUUAUGUUGCUCAGAUUUCAAUUGACAAUAACUUUGUGUUAUUUUUAUUAAGCUUAUUUUUUUGAAAUACUGUAUGCAAGUAGGACAAAUUUUAUGGCCAUGCUAAAGCUGAUCCUUUGUUUGUCUGCAAAAUGUAGAAAAAUUGUAGAAUUUACAUAUGCUUGUUUUCAUGUGCAACUGUGCUAAUAUCUUUAUUUAAAUGUAUUACAUAUUUUCAAAUAGCUCACUUACGAUAUAUUAAUCGACCAAGUAGCAGAUUCUUGUCUUCUUUAAGAUGGAAGAUUCAUUUUCACUUUUCUUCAAGCAUUUUUAUUUCACUAAAUAAAUAUCAUGUAUAGCAGAGACAUUAAUAUUU